GUGUACACUUUAUGAAAUACUUUGCGAAGAAAAAACGAAUAGUGUAAUGAGAGGUUCAUCGUAGUAAUGAAAAUUUUCUGGCAAUUCAACAUCGUAAGAGCAUACCGAUCCAGCAAAAAUGUUGCAGCUGUGCUGUCGAACAUGUCUUGAGCCAAAGUUGUUCAGUGAGCUACGGUCUCUUUUCGAUACGUACAAUGAUUUCGUUUUACGAGACGCCUUGCAGGAGUUAUUCCAAAUUAAGGUUCAACAAACCGAUAUGCUUUCGACUAUUUGCAAACAAUGCGUAUCAAAUUUGUGUACUGCUCGAACUAUUCGUAAACAGUUUCUUGAGGGGAACUACAAGUAUCGGCAAAUGAUUAAUACGGACAUUCCGGAAACGAAUGAUUCUCUGGAAAAUAAGCUGCCCGUCCCUACGGCAAGCAACAGCCAAUCACUACCUACGGUAGAAAGCACAACACAGGAAGACUUCGAAGUAACAUCAAAUAGAAAUCCAUCCGAUAUCAAAUCGAAAGUAAAGUGCGAAGAAAUAUCGCAGGAUUCCGAUGAUGAAUCUGUUGUGUAUGUGCUGGGACGUUUCGACAAAAUUGACGAGAAAAACAUGCAACUCUUGGACUAUGAAAUAGAAUUGGUAUCAAACAAACCUAAAGAAGCCGCGCCUGAACGGUACGAAAUUAUCGAAUACGAACAAAGUGAUUCAGAGGAAUGUAGAACGGAGAGUUCUUAUAGUGUACACCCAGUGACGAGGGACGAGGAAAAUGUCAGUAAAGAUAUUGAACUAUGUUCGGAAAGCUCAGAACCACAUUAUAUAGAUACAGGUACUUUCAACAAUGUGCAACAACAUGAAUCUGAAAUCGAGGUAGAGUCAACAAAUAAUACCACAGCCGAUUUGCUAGUUCAGUAUUACUGCGAGAAAUGUGGCAAAAUCUACGAGCAUAGCGAACAGCUGGGAGAGCAUAUUGUAUCAUGCAAAUCGAUACGUGCCGCAAAGUCAUGCGAGGAACAGGUAUCUAAACCUCAACAUUACACUGAGGCAAAACCUUCAGGAGAAGCCAUAACUACCAGCCAAAUGUGCUCGAAAACUUUCACCCGAGAGUCACAACUAUUAAAACACGACAACCUUUGCCAUCAGAGGAAAUUGAAAGUCUCUCCGCAAGAUUCCAUCCCGGAUUCAGGAACCGAUGUGAAAACGAAAUCGAAAAAUCGGAAAUCAUUUCAAUGUCGAUUUUGCCCGAAAGCAUACAACGCGUCCGCGGCGUUGGUGGGUCACGAAAACAUGCACACCAGGCAGCAGAGUUUCUUCUGUUCGGUUUGCGAUCGAUCGUUCGCCCAGUACACCAGCAUGCGGCGGCACAUGAAGAUACACGACGAUAUAAAACCACAUGAGUGUGACAUCUGCCACAAAUACUUCCGGCAGCGUACGGUGAUGCUGGCACACCGAAGACGGCAUACGGGCGAAAAACCGUACGUGUGCGAGGUGUGUCAAAAGCCCUUCCGUGAUCACAGUACGUUUUCGAAGCACCGGCGAGUUCAUCAACUGAAACCACUGAGUUCAAAUAUAUAUGCGCGUAAGAAAAACAUGGAUUUUGCAUUGGAUAGUUAAAUAAGAAAAUAAUGUUAAAGAUGUACAUAAUUUUACUAUGAAUUUAAAAAAUAUGAUGAAUUUGAUUUCUUAAAACCACAUGCUGUCGUAUUUAAUCGUGCUGUAAAUAUGUGUUUGGAAUAAAUCUUUGAAUAACCUUGAGUUCUC